GCCCCGCCCACAAGUCCCGCCCUCUCGCGCGCGGCCGGGCACGAUUGACAUUUCUGCCGACCAACCUGAUGGGACCAGGGCCGGAGUGGCAGAGCGGACGGACAAUACAGAGUCGCGGUGCGGUGGACGGGGCCUGAUGCGUCGAGCAGCGGGGGCGGUGCGGGGUGGCGGCUGCACCAAGAUGGCGGUAGCGGGCAAAGGAGCGGCGGCGGCGGCGGUGAAGCCGAUCUUCAGCCGCGAUCUGGGCGAGGCGAAGCGGCGCGUGAGGGAGCUGUACCGGGCCUGGUACCGUGAAGUGCCCAACACGGGGUCUCCAGACAAAGAAUGGGUGAUGUCUUGCACGUAGCUUCCGUAACUUCCCUUAGCUCUUCUCCUCAUGGAGUGCACAGGCAAAGGCAGGCACCCAGCACAGUGGGGCUGCAGCCAGCUGAAAGUUCCAUGUACAGAUUUGGGGGGGUUUUUCCCUGACCGGAAAAUUGCACCAAAUAUGACUGUUUUGAAAAGAAAUGCAAAGCAAUGUCUUUUGUUCUUCAGAAGGAUGAUUACCCUUUCUCUCUCCCUCUCUCAGAAAGAUAUUUAUUGUCUAUUGUUUCUUUGCUUGCUUUGAAAACUGGUGGGUUGUUUUUUGCAAAUCCCUAAGCUACAGCUCUCGCUCCAGCCCUUGGCAGGAAUGGCAGUCCAUGCUUCUAGCCCAAAGCAGAGGAGCUGUCUGGAUUGCAGCCUGAAGUGGGUAGAGGAAAAGGUUGUUUACCCAGACACCUUUUGGUAAGGUGUAAAUUGGUGGUACUGAUGGUGGCGGUACUUUUUUUCUUGAGCUGGUGCAUUUCUCAGGUUGCAGCUUUAUCACCUUUUGUCAAGACCAAGGCACAGGAAGAAGAGCAGCUGGAAAGUUAUUCUUCUGGUGGCCUUCCAGGGUGAUGCUCGUUAAAACUAAAUCCUCUUCCCAAAUUCCAAUCAACCAUCCUUCUUGCAGACCAGUGAUGGGAGUCUGACAGCCUUUGGCUCAGGCCAGGUGAGGCAAAAAGGAAAGAGCCCAGGUGGAUAUUUUCCAACUGAAGUUCAUAAAAGUGGAGUUCAAAUUAAAAUGGAAUGCACAGGAUAACAUCCUUUAACCAGUGGGGUGAUGAGGAAAUAUCCGUCGAUGUUCUGGGGACCAUUUCCCAUUGUCAUGGUUUGACAUGACAGCCUUUUCUGCUAAGGGGGAAGGGUCUGUAAAGAUGGCUCCUUGUAAGAAGUUGCUCAAAACUCUCCCCAGCUUUGAGCCAGACCCACUUCUGGGGCUGAGCCAGUUAGACUCAUUCACAACCACUUUUUAAGAAGAAGCCAGAAGAGGAGGCUGCUUUAUCUUCCUGUUUCUUCUUCUGUCCCUUCUUCUUCUCCGGCUGAUGGUGUUUCAAGGAGUAGGAACAGUGAGCGAAACAACCAUGCAGACUCUAAGGUCAGUGAAGAAAGAGAGGAGGAGGUGUCCCCUGCAUUCUACAGAGAGAACUUGUGGAGCUGAGAUUUAUUUGCAUUUCUUUAAAAACCCCACAUCAGCAGCAGAGACUCAUUUUGAUACAAACCCUGCACCAGGGGCAGAGACUCAUUUUGCUGAGAACUCUGAGCCAGGGGCAGUGAUUUUCUUCAUUAAAAUUAUGGCCAGAGGAGGCCAUGUCCCAAGGGAGGGACCCUGUAUCACCAUGGCUGGAGCAGGCCGUGUCCCGUGGAAGGGACCCAAUAUUCACAGAGCUGGAACUGUGGGAAGGAACCCACCACAAAGCAGCUCACUAAACUUAUGCCCAGAAGAGGCCACGUCCCGAGGGAGAGACCUUCUAUUUGCAGAAACUCCAACUGUGGUGAAGAACCCACGCCAGAGAUAUUCACUAAGGACUGCGUCCCGUGGGAGGGACCUUGUAUUGGUGGAAGCUGCAGCUACUGGGAACAACCCACACCAGAGAAGUUUGUUAAGCACUGUGUCCUACGGGAGGGACCCAGUAUCAAAGCAGGGGAAGAAUGCCAGGAGUCAUCCUCAUCUGAGAAGAGAGAAGCAGCAGAGCCCACAUCCCCCAUUCCCUGCCCUCUGAGCCGUUGAGAGAGGAGCAGUGAGCUGGGCCCAGGAAGAAAGAAGGGCUGGGGGAGGGAGAUCUUAAAGUGCUGGUUGUAAUUUUCUCAUCAUCCUACUCCCUUUUUGCUUUUAUUCCCUUCUGUUUCUUGCAGAAUAAACUGUCCUACUUUCUAAGUUGAGUACUGGAGUCUGUUGUGCCCAGAACAGUUAAGUGGCAGCGACCCCUCCCUGCUCUUGUCUCAAUCCACAACGACCUUGUUUUUACUCCCAUUUUGCUGGUGCCUCCACCAUCCUAACGAGGGUGGGGAUGAAUGGGGGCACCAAGUGAGAGACUGUCAUGGUGCUGCUGUGCUAGCUGGGCCAACCACAACACCCAUCUUUUCAUUGGUCACCUGAGUGCAUGGGACACAAAAAUCAGCGUGAGUGGAACCUCUUGUUUAACCUGGAGCAUUCAGCCAUCUCUGCUCGAGCCAGUCCUCUGAGCACAGGACCGUCACAGCCGUGUCUCCUAAGACCUCACAGUAGAGCUGCUCGAGACAUGUCUUUACUUUCCUGCUGGACUUGAUGAAGCGCAGGAGGACGUCGCGCCUGUACCCGCCGGGGCCAGUGUCGCUGCCAUUCAUCGGGACCAUACUGCACGUCGACUUCAAGAACACUCCUCAUUCCUUCCGCCAGCUUCAGCAGAAGUUUGGAAACGUCUUCAGUCUCCAGAACUUCUGGAACAAUGUGGUAGUACUGAACGGAUACAAAGCAGUGAAGGAAGCCCUGGUCACCAGAGCAGAGGACUACGCUGACCGGCCGUACGUUCCAGUCUAUGAACAUAUGGGCUAUGGAAAAAAUUCUCAGGGGAUUGUUAUGGCAAGAUACGGGCACAUCUGGAAGGAGUUAAGGAAAUUCACGCUCUCUGCCUUGAGGAACUUUGGGAUGGGAAAGGAAUCCUUGGAGAAGCGAGUGGUGGAGGAAGCGAGAUUUCUGUGCUCUGCAGUUAACUCUGAAGAAGGUCGUCCUUUCGAUUUACAUUUCCUUGUAAAUAAUGCAGUCUGCAACGUGAUCUGCACCACUGUCUAUGGAGAGCGUUUCAACUACGGUGACGAGACGUUCAAGAAGCUGUUACAUGUGUUUGACCAAUCCCUGCAGGAAGAAACUGGACUCUUGACUCAGUUUCUUAACUCAGUGCCCAUUUUUUUGCACAUCCCCGGAUUGGCAGACAAAGUCUUUCCAGGGCAAAAGUCGUUCAUGGAGUUCAUAGAUGUGCUCAUAGAAAGGCACAUGAAGACCUGGAACCCUGCUUACACCCGAGAUUUCACUGAUGCCUUUGUAAAGGAAAUGAAGAAGGGUAAGGAGGCUGAAGAGAGAGGUUUCACCUAUAACAACCUUCGUUUGGUGACUUCAGACUUGUUUGCAGCGGGUACUGAGACCACUGCUACCACUCUCCGGUGGGCAAUUCUGUACAUGGUUCUCCAUCCAGAAAUACAGAGUAAGGUCCAAGCAGAGAUUGAUAACGUGAUUGGCAGAGAGACAGAACCCAGCAUAAAGGACCAGGUGAGCAUGCCCUACACCAAUGCUGUGAUCCAUGAGGUGCAGCGCUGCGGGGAUGUCAUUCCAAUGGUACUACACAUGACAUACCGGGACACCGAGCUGCAAGGCUUCUUUAUUCCCAAGGGGACGACAAUCAUCACCAACCUGUCUUCCGUGCUGAAGGAUGAGUCAUUCUGGGAGAAGCCACAUGAGUUUUACCCUGAACACUUCCUGGAUGCAAAGGGGCAGUUUGUGAAACGAGAGGCCUUCCUGCCUUUCUCAGCAGGUCGGCGUGUCUGCCUGGGGGAACAGCUGGCCAGGAUGGAGCUCUUUCUUUUCUUUACCAGUCUGCUGCAGAAAUUCACCUUUGUCCUACCUGAGGACCAGCCCAGGCCACGGACAGAUGGCCACUUUUCCUUCACGAACUGCCCACACCCAUACCUGGUGCGAGCUGUCCCAAGAUAAGUACACGUCACGUCACUUUCACCCUGGAUCUUGGCUCAGCCAGCCAUAGCAAGUUACAAAUGAUGAUGGAGCUUGCAAGUAGAUCUAUGCCUAAUUUGACGGCUCUGCUGUACUUUAGUCUCACAUUGGUUGCAGAAGCAUUUCACUGAGCACACAGCUACUGAAAGAAUUAUUAGUCCUGAAUUAGUUGCUUUUUACAGGAGGCUUACAAGAGUAUCCCAGGUAAAAGCCAGCCCUGGGGUCUUGGCCAUUCCAGGAGCAAAAAAAACCAACCUUGGAAAUGAUCUGUCAGUACCCCUGGCCCCCUUGUUAGUCCCAUUGCAUCCCCAGGCACGCUCGGCCUCCUAUGCGGUGCCGUCCCACAGCACCAGCUGCCUCGGCCUGGUGCCCAGGGGAGCCCAGCUCUGGCUGUGUUCCUGCAAAACCAAUCCAGGGCAGGUCAGCUGAUUUGGAACAUCCUGCUGGUGGGCAGGGCGAGAGCUUGAGCUCCAACAACAAGGUGGCAUUAAAGUGCAAUUUCAGAGCAGUGCUGCUGAAACACCUUACGGGCCAGCACAUACCUGUGCUCUUCAUUGCUUCCUGUUCAUUGCAUGCUGCUGUCUAUUGCACACAUUGCACUGCCUUCAGCCCUAGCCACAAAGAAAGUUGAAUUUUGACAACACUUACAUGGUACUCUGCCUCCAGCAGGAAUAAAUACCAUGGCCGAGUACCCAGAUAAUCCAUAUGAUGUUUCAGCCUCAGAAACGAUUGUUUGUGAAAUACAGAGAUUCCUAUCAAUAUAUUUCAAGAGAAAUGCUGGUGAUUAGAUUUACCAUCUCCUCUAAUUAGGUCCUA